AUGUCUGUUAUUUUCGAAGACAUCGAGGUAUUUAUAGUAAUAUAGGCUAGAAUUUACACUAUCUGCAAUUUCAAUUUACGUAAGCUUUACGAAUAGGCAAAAUCAUAUAUUACAUAGGUACUACUUUGAUCUAAGUUAGAGAAUUCUUUGCUUCGUAAGGUGAGUAUUGUUGAGAACAAUUGCACAGAUAGUGUUAUUGUUUAAGCGGAAGUUACAAUGAUUUGUACAGAUGGUAAAUUGGUAUACUCAUUACUAUGUAAGAAUUCUUUAAUAACAAGUUUAGAAAAUGGAGACAUCUAUUAAAUUGAAUAACCACCUCGUCUACUCAAAGCAGGAAAUCAUUACAAAUGGAUAUCUCCAAUAGCUGCGAUAGAUCAAUCUCAUAGAGGGUUCCUCUGGAAAUCCAAUAAACAGAUUUAUAGUCAUUGCAAACAUAUUUCCUCUUAUUAGGACAAAAUUACUUUGAUCACCAUUGGAGGUAAGAUAUUCAAUGUGGUGAAUGAUUAAACAGUUCCUAUACCAUAACUUAAUGGAUUGAAAUUGAAUACUUAUUUUAAGAAAUCCAUACUUUUCUCUUUUGGCGGAGUGGCUGUAACUGAAAGUGGAGAAUUUUAUCUAUUUAAUAAAAAAAUGAUAAGGGUUAAAAUCAAAGAUAUUUAAGAUAUCUUUUCCACUGACAAGUACAUCUUUGCUAUUCAAAAUAACAAUACUAUUUUACAAUACUCAAUUGAAGAAAUCUCAUAACAUUAAUUCUUUACGAAUUAGUAGAUCUUUUAGAAAAUGCAUUAUUGCAAUGAUGUUGAAUUUAAAUAUAAACUAAGAUAAUUUUCAUAAAUUUCUAUCCUUCAAUCAGAAUACUCUCUAACUUCAUUUGCAUACAUCAAAGAAAAUAAGAUAUUAGACACCAGUCUUAAUAUUACUGAGAAGACUACUCAUUAAGCUCAUAAUAAAAGCAGUGUUCUAAUUAUGAAGUAAUCUUUAUUUGAUGAUUGGGAUUCCAAAAAGAAAAUCUUGGAUUCCAGAAGAUCUACUACCAUUGAUAAAUAGUAACCUUUAUUAGAAUCUUCUAAUCAAAGUUCAACACUUACUUUAGCUUAAAAAUUAGCAACCAUUAGAGAGAGUUUGAAUUUUGAAAAACCAAUAAUAACAAAACCUUAAAUUGAAAAUGAUAAAAUAGAACGCAAUAGAUAAUAGAGUCUUAUUCAAUUACAUUAAAUUGUAUGUGAAGAUUUACCUCAAAUUCCAACUCCAAUCAAAUUAGAUCAUCUUCUUAAUAAAAUUCAUGUAAACAAACCAGAAAAACCCAUUGAUUAACUAUUACUUAUUUAAAACAAAUAGGAAUUAUAAGAUUCAUUACCUACUUUUUAAAAUGAUAAUCAAUUUACGAAUAAUGAUACUAUUAACAAAAAGAAAUCUAAAUAAAAUAAUCCAACUACAAGAUCAAAUAAAAGAUUAGAUAGUAUGUCAGCAUAAUCUGGUAUUGAUCUACAAAAUAAUAGUGAAUUUAUUUAAUAACAAGAUAGUUUUGUUGGUAUUUUAGAUAGUGAUUCCAUAAAAAAGGAUCUUCCUUUAUAAUUAUAACCUUUUGAUAAAUCUAAUAAAUAUAAGAAAAAUACUUUAGAUACUAUUUAAUCGAAUGAUAAUGAAUAGGAUCCAAAAACUACCAAUAGAUUAUCAAACAAAAAGGAUUUAGCACUUUAAUUAAGUAAUAGAUCUCCUACCAAGAAAACCAUCAAAGAUCCUCUUCUUACUGAUAGAAGUUCUGCUAAAAGAAAUAUUGAAUAAGCAAAAUAAGAUUUAGAAACUUUGGUUAAUAUGAUUAAUAGAUAAAAGGAAAAUACUGAAACAUUUAAAUCUAUUAAUACUAUUCAUGUUAAAUAAAAAUAAAGUAUAAGAAUGAAUUCUCCGCCAAUACAAGUAGGAUCUGCACUUAGUCGACCAGAAAGUAAAAUUACUCCACUUAAAAAUAGAAGGUCAUCAGUUAAUAGUGAAACUUCAUAAUAGGAAUCUUUUAAAAUGCCUUAAAGAAUCUUAAAAUAGAAUAUAUCAUCAAAAUUAAAUACUUAAUAGUCAUUUAAUUCAUCAAGUUAACAUUCUUAAUUCUAAUUUGAUUCUCAUAACUUUAGAUAAUUGAAUACUUUAUAAGACUAAGAAUCAUAAUUAGAUUUAAAAAGUGCCAAAACACUUUUUGACUAAUCACUCACUUAAUAAGUUAAAAAAAUUGAUUAAAUUAAAGAACUUAAGAAAGUUCAAUGUUCAUCAUAAGUCAAUAUUUUGCGUAAUAACAGUUUGAGUAAAAAAGCUAGUAUCAUUGUUAAUAAUUAGCAAAAACCAAAAUUUAAUUAAAGGAAAUAAGAAGCGAUCCUUAAUAAAUUAUUCUUUCGAUUAGACGUAAGGUUAAAACUAUCUAAAUUAGAGUUUGUCAAUAAUUUAAAAUGCUUGAUUUGA